UCAACAUCAGGGCCAGCUGCUCCUGAACACUCGAGCACCAGCUCCACAGAAGAAGUCGAGUGCAUCAUCGCCUUGGCCUCCAUAUCAGAGCCAGCUACUUCUGAACACUCGAGCACUGACUCCUCGCAAGAGGUCGAGCAGAUCAUCUCUUUAGCCUCAACUUCAGGGCCAGCUGUUCCUGAACACUCGAGCACCGACUACAUGCAAGAGGUCGAGCAAAUUGUCGAAAGCGAUUUGGCCUCAACAUCAUGGGAGUCUACUCCUGAGCACACAGCAACUGAUCAUGGCAGCCAAAUUCGGUCAGAUGUGUGCCGCCAGGGGGUCCAGCGGGAAGACACAUGCCAUCGCGACCACGCCUACUCGAAACCCAAAGCUCCAGCUGCGACUCCUGCUCUUCAUAGUGGCUAUAGCCUUGAGGAUCGAGACAUCUUUUUUUAUACCGGUCUCCAUGCAGACGUCUUCAAGGAGUUGGUGAAAGUUGUGCCACAGUUUGCUACAACUAAUUUUAUGAUGCCUGUUGGGCAGCAGCUUUUGCUCACGCUAAUGAAGUUGAGGCUCGGCCUUAUAUAUGGCGAUCUGUCGAGGAGGCACUACUUGCAUCUUGGAUUGCACUGA